CAGUUAGAGUGAGGAGUGUUUGAGCUGAAGGUUCAGUCCUUGAGAGACGUGCUGUCCACUCUGUUGUAUUCAGGAUGAAUCUUCUCUUUCUAUUGGCAUGUGUGCUCCUGUCUGCCACCUGCUCUGCCAACAAAGGUGUGCGGACUGGGAUUCGAGUAUCAGCAGGAUCUGAGUCCGUGACUCUUCAGCCCUGGCUGGUUGGGCUGUCAGCUGUCGUUGGCUUCCUCUUUAUUGUCUUCGCCGUCUUGAUUAUUCACAGACUCCUCAGAAAGGACAGGAAGCAUGAAGAAGAGUGGGGCUAUGACAACAAGGUUAUAGAGAUAGAGCAUGCAGAAACUAAGCAAACCAGUCUGUAAGAACGCUUGACCAUCAUUUAACCAUCAAAUCAACCUGCACCCUAUGGAAAGGUCUCUCAGUGCCUGUCACCGUUUCCUGCUCUAUCAAGUCAAGUUUGUUUUCUUUUCGUAAAGGCUGGAAAAAUCAGUUUUUGUGACAGUUAUAUAUGAUGUGUAAUGUGUUAUAAAUAGGCUAUAUAAAGUGGC